UCACAGGUUGCCUACAACAACCGUCUGGGCCAAAUUUUGACGCCGUGUCUGGAUUUGGAGAUCCUAGAAUCUUCAAUCUCGUUGUCUGUGAUUCAAGUCUAGCAGAUGAAGUCCGAGUGUCAAGAAACCAGUGUUUUCAGAACACAAAGCCAGAAGUUGUCCGCAAGGCUGAAGUCGUGUGCCGAGAAAAGACCUAUCCAAAUGUAACUGACAUAGAGUUUUUAGAAUCCAUUUGUAGUGACAAUGGCACUUUGACAAAGAUGAUGUGGAGAUGUGUGUACGAUGAAAUGGUCCACGAUUACCCUGGUGUUAAGUCCUACAGUAAACAUCCAACAAAACAGUCUCUCACUCCUUCCGAGAUUGACAUGCUUCAUUUACUGCGAAGUUAUCUUGGAUAUGGAAGUUUCUUCCGAGGGUUUCAAUUAUUAGAAACACGACUAAGAUCAGCGAAGUUACUAAGUGGUAAGGACAACCCAGGGUUUAGAGAUCAAGAGCGAAUGUCAUAUUUCCAACUUGCAACAGAUUCUACUUUUUUAUCAAAUAGGACUUCAAAGAUGCAAAUAAGACGGCUUUCGUUUGACGAUAAUAUAAUUCCAUUUUACAAAGUUGAGAAUUCAACGCAUAGUCCAAAACAAAGAUCGUAUGAUGUAACUCCUGAUUCGGGUUAUGGUUAUACGACAAGAGUGUCUAUCACUUUUGGUAAUGAUUACCGUCGUUAUGGAUCAGAGAGCUCAAAUUAUGGGGGUCAAGGGUCAGGCAACAACGAUAACCGACUACAUGGGUCUGGGAGCUCAAGUUAUGGAUGGCAGCAGUCAAGUGGCAGUAACCGUCGAUAUGGGUCAGACUAUUCAAGUUAUGGAGGUCAGUCAAGCAAUAAUAAUCGUCCAUAUGGAUCAGAGGGUUCAAGUUAUGGAGGCCAACAGUCAGGUAACACUAACCACCCAUAUGGAUCAGGGGAAUCAAGCUAUGGAGGUCAGUCAAGCAACAAUAAUCGUCCAUAUGGGGCAGGGGGCUCAAACUAUGGAGGUCAAUCAAGCAACAAUAAUCGUCCAUAUGGAUCAGGGGAAUCAAGCUAUGGAGGCCAACAGUCAGGUAACACUAACCGUCCAUAUGGAUCAGGGGGCUCAAGUUAUGGAGGUCAACAGUCAGGCAACAAUCACAGUCCAUAUGGAUCAGGGGACUCAAGCUAUGGAGGCCAACAUACGAGUGAUAGUAGCCAUCCAUAUGGGGCAGGGGGCUCAAACUAUGGAGGUCAAUCAAGCAACAGUAACUAUCCAUAUGGAUCAGGGAGUUCACUUUAUGGAGGUCAACAUACGAGUGACAGUAAUCGUCCAUAUGGGUCAGGAGGUUCAAGUUAUGGAGGCCAACAGUCAGGUAACACUAACCAUCCAUACGGAUUAGGAAGUUCAAGUUAUGGAAAUCAACACGCGAGUGACAGCCACCUUCCCUAUGGCCCAGGAGGCUCAAGUUAUGGAGGGCAACAGUCAAAUGACAAUUAUGGAUUAGGGCUUCCAAAUCAUCAUUCUAGUUAUAGACCAGGAAAUUCUGGUCAUGGUAACCAAUAUUCAAGCAACAACUAUGGAACUUACGGAUCAGGUCAUGGUAAUCAACAUUCAAGUGUAAAUCAUCAGUCUUACGGACCAGGAGGCUCUUCUCUUGGAACUCAAAAUAAUCAAGGCUCUGUUGGCACCUUUCACCAAGUCACAGACAGACCCUUUGGACAUAGUGGAGGAUCUGCGAACAACCAUUAUGGAGGAGGCACCUUUCACCAAGUCACAGACAGACCCUUUGGACAUAGUGGAGGAUCUGCGAACAACCAUUAUGGAGGAGGAAUAUAUCCUGCUUCAGGUAGCAUCAGUGGUAGCCAUCUUGCAAUGGGAGGACAACAGUAUGAAACUGGUGGACCUAGUUUAACAGGUGGAGGAUACGCCAAACCAUGGACUACAAACUAUUGGAAUAAACCAGAGUUUAACGGUAACAACAGACCCCAAACUUUCAAUGGGCAUGGUGGAGGUAAUCGACCGGAAUUGUUUCCAGACAUACAGCUUAACAAGUUCAAUUUGCCGGAAUCCCUAUAUCAAUGUCUACAAAAUAUUUUGCCACUCCAAGGAGAAGUCAACUAG